AUGUCCACACCACCAGAUAUAGACCCAUAUGCAGUACUUGGUGUCGCCAAGGAUGCCAACAUCACUGAAAUUAGGGCCGCCCACCGAAAGCGAGUUCUCAAAUGCCAUCCAGACAAGAUUCAAGAUGAGUCGCAGCGGAUUGCUGCCCAAGAUGAAUUCCAGAAAGUUCAACAGGCCUAUGAACUGCUCUCAGACGAUGUCCGACGGACUAAACAUGACCAAAAAGUCAAGAUAGCCGAGCUGAAGCGUGAACUGCUGGAACGCAGACGAACCGACUCUUCCUACAACUCUCCGCGGGGGAGUGGAGCCAGCACUCGCGAAUUCCGCAAUGGCCACUACAUGGAGGAGAGGGUCCCGAUAGAAGUCUUCUUUGAGGAAGAAUUGCGAUUCACAGAGGAACCACGCUCCACCACGGCUCGCAAAUGCGAAGAGUUUGGCCUACGCCCAAAGACGAAACCGACGGAAGAGAAGAAAAAGGCUCGAACACCGAUGAGCAUGUAUCAUCAAGCGAAGGAAGAGCAAAAGACGGCCAAGGCAACACAUUCCGACCGUGCAAAGACACGCGAUCAGGAGCGACGACGACAGGCCGAGGAAAAGCGGGAUACAUUUGGAUCCUAUCCAGAAUCCGACGAAGAUACAUCUGAUUCUAGUAUUCCUCGCUAUCAUACCAGACGGACUUCAAUAACGCCCCGCCGAGAGCGAGAUUCACGAUCCCGACCAUCGGAGUCCUCUCGUCGCCGUGAACACCGUUACGACGAGGAUGGCGAUGUGGACGAUCACUGGCAAUCCAAGUUGGAUACUCAGUACUUCCAUGCAGAGGAUUAUAUCGCAUCCAAAGCCCAAGGUUCCAAGUCCCCACGACGGUACCAUGGUCACGACUCGGCGGAACCAGAGUUGUCCACUCCGCGAUCCGCGGGACGGUCCACCCGCACCCGCCGUCGUUCUUCAUCACGCGAUGAUUCCUACGAGCAUCUGGAGUCCACCCGAACUUAUGAGGCCAAGCCACCCAAGCUGCAACCCUCCGCAACCACCCCAGGUCUCAAGGGAUCUUUCCGCCCUUCUUUCCUCAGCACUCGCUCCGCAACCACCACUGGCUUCGUCCGCCCAAAGCCAACCCGUGAGCCAACACUGCACGACAUGUCUCGUGAGCGACUGCCACCGCGAACUUCCAGAAUGCGCGAGCGCAAUGACUCGGGCUAUUCUAGUCCAAGUACCCCUGAAAUGGUCCCAAGGGGCAGUUCUCCCAAGACCUCAGUUCGCUACAAGGUUGUCAAGGAACCCGACCAUAUCGUUGUAGAGCCGAAGUCAUCAAAGUAUCGCUCAGCGAGAUCCCCCGACCGGGAUCGCAUACCCUCUACACGACCGACACCUAAGCGAAGCAGUACCUACACCGCGGAAGCCAUACCCCGUUUUGAGACUCGGUCUGCACGCCCUUCUGCUCGUCCCCAUCCGGACGUCGAAUACAUUUCCCGCCCGAACGAGAAGGACAUCAAAUACGCCAGGGCAUACAAGCAGGACGAUAUCAAUUACGCUCCAAGACGCCCUCAUUAUCCUUACUACGAAGAGGAUGGUCGUCCUCCAGCUGUGGGGAGACGCCAGCCUGCUUAUUAA